AUGAAGUUAGACAGCAAGGCCAUGCGCCACCUCAUUGCUGACGACUGGCGAGUCCUGACCGCAGUCGAGAUGGGCAGCAAGAAUCACGAGAUCGUCCCGACCCCGCUGAUAGAAAAGCUCUCGCGCCUGCGAGGUGGUGCCAGCGGUGUACACAGGAGCAUAUCGAACCUUGCCAAGAUCGGCCUUAUCUCGCGUGUCAAAGAGGCCAAGUACGACGGCUACCGGUUGAGUUAUGGCGGGCUCGACUAUCUUGCCCUACACACGUAUGCAUCGCGAAAGGAGGUGUACAGCGUGGGAAACCGAAUCGGCGUGGGAAAGGAGAGCGAUAUCAUGAUCGUGGCCGACGACAGCGGGACACAGAGAGUGCUCAAAAUCCACCGUCUCGGGCGCAUAUCCUUUCGCACGGUCAAGGCCAACAGGGACUACCUCAAAAAGAGACAGGGCGGCUCAUGGAUGUACCUUUCGAGGCUAGCUGCCAUGAAAGAGUACGCCUUCAUGCAGGCACUCCACGAAGAAGGUUUCCCAGUUCCCAAUCCUUUGGCGCAGUCACGGCACACCAUCGUCAUGUCACUCAUCGACGGAUUCCCUCUGCGCCAGAUAUCGUCAAUACCAGACCCGGCUGGCUUGUACGCCGAGCUCAUAGCUCUCCUUCUCAGAUUGGCCAAGCAUGGCCUCAUUCAUGGAGACUUCAACGAGUUCAACAUUAUGAUCAAAGAGGAGAAAGUCGAUUCUUCUGGUGCAGCUGAUGGGGAAUCCACGACUACUGGCGAUCAUGGAGAUUCAGAAGCAGUCAGGCUUGUGCCAGUCAUCAUCGACUUUCCGCAAAUGGUUUCGAUGGAUCACCAAAACGCCGAGAUGUACUUUGAUCGGGAUGUCAACUGUAUUAAGCGCUUCUUUGAGAGGCGAUUCCAGUUUAUCAGCACGGAAAAGGGGCCAUAUUUCAAAGAUGCAAAGAAGAGUGUAGGCAAGGACGGAGCUAGGCGUAUUGACGCUGCUUUGGAAGCGUCGGGAUUCACGAAGAAGAUGGCCAAAGACCUCGAGGCUGCUAUCAGAGAGCAAAACGCUUCAAAGGGUAACGAGGGACAAGGUGAUGAAGGAAGUGGCGAUGAUGACAGCGAAGAGGACGAGGAAUACGAGGAAGGAAGUGACAGGGGAAGCAAUCCAGAUGAAGAGAUUAGAGAGCAAGGGGGCCUUGGCGAUCCGCUUUCAGAAAAGGACAAAGGCGUCGAGAUACCCAGAGACGACAUGGCCAACCUGUCAAUUGGCAGUGCUGCUACGAAGUAG